UCCAAGAUCACCACCACGGGUGAAGAGCACAAUCAUGUACUUGUUUGCCUCGGGGCCAAACAGCUCCUGCAGGGCUUCCACUGAGUUUUUUUCUUCUCUCGUGAAUCGGCCGAUUUGGAUGACCAACAAGAACACGUGAGGACCGGGACAGGAGACUUCAACACAUUUGACGAUUUCACUUUUGAUGAACUCAUCUGAUUUUGAAGUGUCCAGGAUCCCUGGUGUGUCUACAACACUAAUUACUCUCUUCCCCCACUGUACCCAAGCUUUUUGACAGAACUCAGUCACUGAUGCAGAUAAAGGGCAAGAUCUGAAACGCUCAUAUCCCAGGAUGGUGUUCCCAACAGCACUCUUGCCCACACCAGUUUUUCCAAUCGUCACAAUCCUCAAAUCAGGACCUGAAACAGAAUUCACUAACUCGAUUUAACCCAUGUACAUAAGAGUUUUACAAGAACCAAAGUGAAACUGAGAAAUUUUGACAUUUUUCAAAGGAAAGUAAUUAAACACACAAUGAUUAAUAAUAAGUCUUACCUGCUGGAACUAAAGCCAUGUUUUCUCUUCACUGUUGUCACUGCACAGGUGAGAGAUGAAUGCUAAAACUGCUCUGCAACAAGUUGCUUUUUAUAGCUCAACAGAUGACACGCCUCCUGCAGUAUUAUACAGUCGGAGAACAGCAGUCUGCAGGCUUUAGACAGAGUCACACAGAGUUUUGCUUCAACAGACUGAACAACUUCCACUUAAUGUUUUUCGUUUAAAUCCUGCAUCAUGGGAAGCUUUUUCAGCAUAGUCAGAAGCAACGACACUAAAGACAGACAACCGGUGGCACUGAGUUGGGACCGUGGAUCACAAUGUAUAUUAAGACCGCACACUAAUGAGGCAAAGACAGGACGACACACUGGCACCACAGUGAACCUUGUUCUUUUGGGAAUGGCUGGGACUGGAAAGAGUGCCAGUGGGAACACCAUCCUUGGACAGAAACACUUUGUUUCUAGACCCAGUUCAACGGCGGUCACCACAAAUUGCCAGGCUGUACAAACUGAGAUCAGUGGUGUAGACGUAAAUGUGAUUGAUACCCCAGAUAUGUUUGAUGAUGACAUUGCUCCAUCAGUUAGGGGCAAACAUGUGAAAAGGUGCAAACAACUCUGUGAGUCAGGACCAUGUGUGUUUGUACUUGUGAUGCAUGUGAGCAGAUUUACAGAUGGUGAGAGAGACAUAAUGGAAAAGUUAGAAAAAGCUUUUGGGAGGGAAGUUAGAGGACGAACAAUCAUCCUGUUCACCCGAGGAAACGACUUGCAGCAGGCAGGAAUGGGCUUGGAGGAUUUUCUUCAUUCUUGCCAACCUGAUCUGAAGAAAAUGGUUGAAAAGUGUGGAAACAGGUGUGUUCUCUUUGAGAACAACAAAUCAGGUCCUGAUCAGGUUGAAAAACUAAUGAAUUUGGUAAACGCAAUACUCAAAGACCAGAAGAACUUAUAACUUAAAGUGUUUGGAAAAGGUUUUUUUUAACUUUUAUGUAAAGAUAGAGCAUUGAGUUAGUCCGUAUCUUGAAGAGGUACAUCGGGGGGGCUCCUUGGAUGAGGGUGGCUAGUGAGAAUGGCCGAAACACCCAAUGAAUCAAAGGUACACUACUGACAAUGUGUCCCAAAUGUUAGUAUGAUAAUUUGGAUCAGAUCUCUAAUCCCUAAACCCCCCUUGACCAAGGGAAAAAUGGCAGAUUAGCUUGGG